CACAUCUGCAGUUGUUAUUCUGCCAACGACUACGCUGGGCAUACAUCAGAAUGGUGAUGUCACAGGCGGUGGCGGAAUGGCUGGAAUUAUUGGUCAUUCGUCGCAACAUCAUCAUCAUCAGGGCCUCACAUCCCCACAAACGUUGCAACAGCUGACGGGCAGUCCAGGACGUGCACGCGAUCGGAAUCUGUUUCAUUCGCCGCCCACUGCUUCGGUUGCCUUGGCACUGCCUGCACUGCGAGAGACGGCCGUCAGUGAACGGGAAGAGCUUUUCAUCCAAAAGAUACGACAAUGUUGCACGCUUUUCGAUUUCUCCGAGCCGCUGAGCGACCUCAAAUUCAAGGAGGUGAAGCGUGCGGCUCUGCACGAGAUGGUCGAUUUUCUCACAAACCAAAAUGGCAUCAUUACCGAAAUUAUCUAUCCGGAGGCGAUCAAUAUGUUUUCUGUGAAUCUAUUCCGGACACUGCCGCCAUCAUCAAAUCCGAAUGGUGCCGAAUUUGAUCCCGAAAAGGAUGAGCCAACGCUCGAGUCGUCUUGGCCACACCUUCAAUUGGUAUACGAGCUGUUUUUGCGUUUCUUGGAGUCACCGGAUUUCCAACCAAAUAUUGCUAAGCGUUAUAUUGAUCAUCAAUUUGUAUUACAAUUAUUGGAUUUAUUCGAUUCGGAGGAUCCACGUGAACGUGAUUUCCUAUCGACUGUUUUACAUCGCAUCUAUCGAAAAUUCUUGGGUUUGAGAGCAUUUAUUAGAAAGCAGAUCAACAAUGUCUUUUACAGAUUUAUUUAUGAGACGGAACAUCAUAAUGGCAUAGCCGAAUUAUUGGAGAUAUCGGGCAGCAUUAUCAAUGGUUUUGCUCUACCGCUCAAAGAGAAGCAUAAACAAUUUUUACUUAAGGUAUUGCUGCCAUUGAACAAAGCCAAGAGCCUCUCGGUCUAUCAUCCACAGUUGACCUACUGUGUGGUGCAGUUCCUCGAGAAGGAUCCCAGUUUGUCCGAGGCGGUCAUCAAUUUGCUUAAGUUCUGGCCGAAGACGCACAGUCCCAAGGAGGUGAUGUUCUUGAAUGAGGUGGAAGAGCUGCUGGAUGUGAUCGAGCCGGCCGAGUUCCAGAAGGUGAUGGUGCCGCUGUUUCGUCAGAUAGCCAAGUGUGUCUCCUCGCCGCACUUUCAGGUGGCCGAACGGGCGUUGUAUUAUUGGAACAACGAGUACAUUAUGUCCCUAAUAGCGGACAAUUCGGCGGUUAUACUGCCAAUAAUGUUCCCAGCGUUGAAUCGCAACUCCAAGACGCACUGGAACAAGACCAUACACGGUCUCAUUUACAAUGCGCUCAAGCUGUUCAUGGAGAUGGAUCAGCGGUUGUUCGACGAGUGCAGCAAGAACUACAAGCAAGAUAAGCAGAUGGAGCGGGAGAAGCUGUCGCACCGGGAGGAGCUUUGGCAGCAGGUGGAGAGCCUGGCCAGGACCAAUCCAGGGUGGUCCAGGUCGAGCUAUUUCAAUAACAGCCGCCUGCAGCAGCAGCAGCAGCAGCAGCAGCUAACCGAUAGUCAAAAUCUGUACGAUCAAAACAAUGAGAAUGAUCCAACGUACGAUCAGCUACCGCAGCAGUCGCGCCAGCCACCGCCGCCGCUACCACCACAGAAACAGUCGUCGCUGCAGGAGCCCCGAGAGGUGAGACAGGCACUUGCCACACUAACCACACUAAACAACUACUAAUCCCGCCAAUGUGUGAUCUGAUCCAUGGCGUCUGCUGUGAGCUGUGCCCAGCGAACACCUACUCUAAUUUAACUCUAAUUCUAAUCGAACGAAUGUCUGUUAAAAUUAAUCACACUCAUGUCAUUUAAACAACAAGCAAACAA